AUGCCGCCUCUUCCACACGUUCGGCCGGAGAAUAUUCUCAGGCGUGCCGAAGAACUUAUUGCAGUCGACCAGCAAGCGUCUGCCUUGACCGUACUCCACGAACAUGUCACCUCAAAACGAUCCAGAAACAGCCCGAUUGCCUCUCUUGAGCCGGUCAUGGUGCUGUUUGUUGAACUCUGUGUCGACUUGAGAAAGGGAAAGUCCGCCAAAGAUGGUUUGUACCAGUACAAGAAUAUUGCCCAGAAUACCAAUGUUGGCACCAUUGAGAUGGUGUUGAAAAAGUUCAUUGAGCUGGCGGAGCAAAAAGUCACGGAGGCCCAGGCAAAGGCAGAUGAGAUCCAGCAGUCUCUCGAAUCAAACACCGGUGCUACGUCAAAUAUUGAGGAUUUGGAUGCCAUUGAAACGCCAGAGACUAUCCUCCUUGCUACAGUUUCCGGAGAACAGUCCAAGGACCGCACAGACCGAGCUAUUGUCACUCCCUGGCUUAAGUUCCUCUGGGAAACAUACCGCACCGUGCUCGAGAUCCUCAAGAACAAUGCUCGCCUUGAAGUCAUGUAUCAGACAACUGCCCUGCAGGCCUUCCAGUUCUGUCUCAAAUAUACUCGCAAGACUGAAUUCAGACGUCUCUGUGAACUGCUCAGGAACCAUGUGCAGAAUGCUGCUAAGUAUUCGUCCCAGAUGCAUGCUAUCAAUCUUAGUGAUCCAGACACCUUGCAGCGCCAUCUAGACACCCGCUUCCAGCAGCUCAAUGUUGCUGUCGAGCUCGAACUGUGGCAGGAGGGUUUCCGCAGUGUGGAAGAUAUCCAUACCCUCCUAAACUUGAGCAAGCGGCCAGCUAAGAACGUUAUGAUGGCAAACUACUACGAGAAACUUGCACGUAUCUUCCUCGUUAGUGACAACUACCUCUUCCAUGCUGCCGCCUGGAACAGAUAUUAUACCCUGCUGCGCCAGUCUGCUAUUGCCGUAGCCUCGGGCCAGGCUCCGAAGAAAGACAACCCAUCUGUCUCCGAAGCAGACAUGACCAAGACAGCUUCAUUCGUCCUUCUCUCCGCCCUUUCUAUCCCUGUCAUUAGCACCUCUCGCUCUCGUGGUGCCCUUGUUGAUGUUGAUGAAGCCCGCAAGAAUAAGAAUACUCGUCUCACCAACUUGCUCGGCAUGGCUUCCCCUCCUACUCGUGCUGCAUUGUUCAAAGACGCUCUCAACAAGGGCCUUCUGUCUCGUGCUCGCCCAGAGAUUCGGGACCUCUACAACAUUCUCGAAGUCGACUUUCACCCUCUCUCCAUCUGCAAGAAGAUCGCCCCCAUCCUUGAACAGAUCGGUGCUGACGCCGAGAUGGAAAAAUACGUCCUGCCUCUACAGCAGGUUAUCCUGACCCGCCUGUUCCAGCAGCUCUCCCAAGUUUACGAGUCUGUGGAGCUAAAGUUCGUUCACGAGCUCGCUCAUUUCCCUGCUCCCUUCCAAGUAACCCCCUCUAUGGUUGAGAAGUUUAUAAUGAACGGAUGCAAGAAGGGUGACCUGGCUAUCCGUGUUGACCAUGUUUCGGGGGUACUUACCUUCGAUUCGGAUAUUUUCUCCUCUGCCAAAGCUGUACAUGCUGGUAGCGGCGCUGGCUCUGCCGAGAGUGACGUCGGUGCUGUCCAGAGACUCCAGAGCACCCCUGCCGAAAUUGCUAGGUCUCAACUCACACGCCUCGCAAAGACACUGCACGUUACUUGCAUGUACGUUGACCCAACUUAUAAUGAAGCUCGCAUCGAGGCACAACGACAAGCACAGGCUCGCGCCAAAGCUGGUGCCGCAAAGGAACACGAGCAGGCCCUUGCUCGCCGCCUGAUCAUCGACAAGAAGAAGGAAGCUGCUUCGGAUGCCCUACAGAAGAAGCAGCAGGAAGAAGAAACGCAGAAGCGUAUCCGCACACAGCAGCUGCAGGAGGCUGAGAAGCAGCGUCUCCUUGAUGAGCACCGUGAAAGAGAGCGCAAGCGUAUGAAGGAUGAACAGGACCGUAUCCGCCAGGCAGAGUUGAAGAAGCAACUCGAGGAACUCAAGACCGGCAUUAAGGGCAUUGACGUUAGCGAGAUUGACCUGGAGGAACUAGACUCCAACCGUCUUCGAGCAAUGAAGCUCGCACAGCUCGAGAAGGAGAAGAACGAUCUGAAUGAAAGAAUCCGAGUGACUGCUAAACGCUUCGACCAUCUUGAACGUGCUUACCGUCGUGAAGAACUUAAGCAUUUGCCUGAGGAUUAUGAGAGGCAGAAGAAGCACGACCUCGAGGUCUACGAGCGCCAAAAAGCCGAGACCCUUGCUGCUGCUGAGCUCAAGCAUAAGGAAGAUGUGGCUCUAAAACAUCGCCUUAGCCGUCUCGUACCUCAUUUCAACAAGUUCAAGCACUCCGUUACCGAGAAGAGACAUGAAGAGUUCGAACGUCGUCGUAAGGCUGCUGAGCGUGAGUUCGAGGCCAAGAAGAAACAGCGUGUCAAGGAAGUACAAGAGCGUAUCAAGAGAGAGAGGAUGGAGCGUGAGGCCGAGGAGAGGAGGAAGCGUGAGGAAGCUGAGCGUGAAGAGAGGGAAGAACAGGAGAGAGCAGCUAGGGAUGAAGAGAGGAGGCGGAAGUUGGCUGAGGAGAAGGCUGCUAGAGAAGAGCAGAGAAGAAUCCUGGAUGAAAAGGCAGCCAUCCAGAAACAGCGUGAGGAAGAAGUCGAGAAACGUCUUGCAGCUAAACGAGCUGGCUUGGCUGACCCUCGUCUCUCCCGCGCUCCGCCUACAGCUGUUGCCGAAUCCUCACGAACUGACUCUACUGAACGCACUGCGCCCCGACUCAACCUCACAUCUCGCCCUGGUGGCACCUCCUGGAGAGACAGAGAGGCUGCCAAGAAGGCCGCUGGUGGUGACUCCGCUGCUGAAGGGUCUUCCGCACCACCACCACGAACACUACCUGGCCGUGAGCGCGAACCUCGCGAGCUUCCAUCCCGCGAGCGUGAACCACCAACUCGCGAUCUUGGUUCUCGAGAUACCCUGCGCAAACCUUCCGGAUCUGCCACAUACGUCCCCAUCCAUCUACGUGGCAGGGACAGCCCGGCAAACGGCACUGCUCCACGAUUCCCAUCCAGAGGUCGUGAUGUAUCGUCCUCUGACUCGCGGGCUCCAGUGACCAGAAGCCCUGCACCCCCCACCGAUGGUGAAGCAAAAGAUGAAUCCAGACUGCCGCCAACUAGCUCAGGCGCAUGGAGACCUAGACACAAACAGCAGCAGCAGCAGUAG